CAAAACAUCCAUGAACAAUAAAAAGCAAAUGUGACUAGUGGUAGUUUUGAGUUGAUUUGCAACAUUAUUGCUAAUUAAUGGUUGUAAUUAAUUCAAACUCAUUUGAAGGUUAAGGCAUUCAUCAUCAACACAGAGGUUUUACAUUUUAAUAUCUUUAGUAUAUUGUUUAUGGAAGUUGAGUGUUCUUUGAAUCCCCCUGCUGGCAAGAAAUACUAAACAGCAGCUUAGUUUUUAUGUACUUUUGGCCAGCUCUCAUCAUGGUCUUUUCACCCACAGGGGAUAAAAGUAUUUAAAUGUGGCAGGCAGAGGGCGGCCAUAAGCAACAACCUUAUAGUCCUGGUCUCACAUUAGUUCAACUGUUGUCUUUUCACUCUACAUUUACCUUCUUGUUGAUAUCUACCAGACAUUGUAUGUCAUGUACAGUCUCAGUACGUCUUCAGAGCUUUUUCAACUGGAUUUACUGAGUGAAAAAAAAAACAGACAGGCAGAAUGAGAACAAGUGUUUGGCCUAGUUAUGGACGCACUGAGAGCUGUCUCUGGUCCUGAAUGAAUUUCAUGUUUGUAAGUCCCAUUUCAUUUCAGAAAUGGCACUGAAUCUUCACCUUGCACUAAAUUAAUUUUGUUCCCUGAACAGGAAAAAGAACAACAACAACAAAAAAAAACCACAAAAAGGUCCAUUCUGACUAUUCAGUUUGGUUUCCCAUAGUCCCCGGUACGUUUUUUGGGAAGACUUCUUUUUUAAAUUCCAUAGCGUUUUAUGUUAUGGGAGAUGGCGAUGUUGAACAUCGCCUGAACAGAAUCACAGGUUGUCACUGAUGUCUUAAACAGGAUGUUAUUGUUUAAAAUAAGAACCUGUAUGUGUGUACGUACGUGUAGAUGACAUGGAACAGCGGAGUCUGAUUAAUAAAUGUGAAAAUAGCUGUGCAUGUUCCUUGUCCAGGUAUUCCCAGGCCCUAUGUCUAAGUACUGAUGUGACAUUUUUCUGUAGGUUAGGGAACUAUUAUCAAUAAUAGUUUAACAAAACCAUACUUAAAUAAAAUAAAUAAUUUAACCAUGAAUGGGACCCCCAAAUAUAAAUUCCACUUGGGGCCCUAUUUAAUUUUGGUCCGGCUCUGAACACUCGUAUUAAAGCACAAUAACUGACUCUAAAUGGGUGACUUGUCGCCUAAACACAGUAAAGCGAUUCAUCCCAAACCCCCCACCGCUCGUCCUCUCUCCUGAGUUGGUGUGUUGGUUGGUUGCAGCAGAGCCUCAGUCUGUAUCCCGGCUCGCCUGACAGACACAGCCAGUCCUCGUCUCCCUUUGCUCACCCAUCAAUCUGUCUCUCCGGUUCUCAAUUUGACGUAUUUGAACGAAAAAAAUAAAAAUAAAAAAAGGCGAUAUGUAGAGCCCGAACAUGGAGACCGCAGCGGAGCAAUUCUGGCUUUUUGCUUCUACCCUCGGAGGAGACCCCACAAACUCAGCGGAGAAAAAAGGCGUCAGAGGGGCAAACGGCGGUUCUCAGCUGCUUGGUCGUCGAGGUGACGCUCUUCUUUCCUCUGCAUGAACACAUCAGCCAACACGAAUGUCCGACCUGAGAAGUUACAGAGAAACCGCGGAUAAAUCCUCCAAGUCGUCCUCAUCCUCUCCAGUUUUCAACAAGCGCUCUCGUCGGCUGCAGAACUUCCCACCGGUAAACCUGCUACUCCGUCACCUCAGUAAGAAACUCCUGGUCUGCUCUAAGAAGGAAUCGUCUUCUUCUGAGGUCGAGACUUCUGAGAAAUGAGCUGCCAAUGUAAGUCCCUUGGCUGACCUCAGGACUUAGCUGGAAUCACCUUGAACAAACCUUCUCCUCACUUGGCUUGGAGGUCUUCUAGAGGGUCGGAGCCUCCUUGCCAUCAUGAAAGGGUUGGGGACCAACCGUAACAGACAUCUGUCUGAUUCUUGUGAUCCCUCUCUUAAUCAUCCAGAGGCACUCUACCAUCAGAAAACCAGCACAUUGCCACGCAGCCCUUAUCUGCUCAGCCCCACAAUGGACCACUAUGGCACCAUGGAUCCCCACCUUUAUCCUUCCGCCAAUCCAGGCUCCCUUCCAGCAGACUGCAUGCUGCCCCUCAACAAUCAGCUUUCCAAUAGCAGCACUUUUCCCAGUAUUCACUACAACUCCUAUGACCAGUCCGAUUUUUCUCCUCCUGGGGACAGUAUUGGAGGGAUAGGCACGGGCACCAUGGGGACAUCUCUGUCGAUGGGCAUGGCAUCAGGUAUGGCCAUGUCAGGGUUGAGUGGAAGAACACCUAUGAUUACAAGUGGCUCUGCAACAAUAUCACACCAUAUGACUAAGAAUCAAACUCCGCCUAGUCUGUUGGAUUUUGAGAAGCAGCUACCAGGAGGUCGUGACGGAUUCAGCACUUUGCAGUUUCAUCGAACAUCCGCUGCUGUUGCUGCCAAGCAGCGAACAGACAGUCCUGGCCGCAUUCGUUACAUGCUACACUCGGUGCAGAAACUGUUUGCAAAGUCCCAGUCACUGGAGAGCCACAACAUGAAGGGAAAUGUGAACGGAAGAUCUACUGGCAGUGGUGGAGGCACUUCUUCUGGCACCGAGGACGGAGGGAAGCAUACUCGCAGAUCCAAAAGUAAGGAUCGUAUUACAAAGUCCGAGGCAACUGCUAAGAGACGGCCAAGAUCCAACAUGUCAGGUUACUGGAGCUCAGAUGAUUUGGACAGUAGUGAUUUGAGCAGCUACCAUAAUACUAUGACCAUGAUGACCCUGGGGCGUCCGAGUGGCCAUGAAAGCCAUAGUGGUCAGAGUAAAUACAUUCACAGUGGCUACAACACAAUCAGCUCCUCUAAAAGCAGCAAUGACAUGAAGUAUCCAGCACUUCCUGGUCCAGGGGAUAUAGGAGGUGGUGGAAUAAGUGGACCAGUAGGCAUGCUGAUGAAUGAUACCGAGUAUGUGAAAGGAGGGUCUUGGUCCACAUUGACUAUGGGCCAACCAAGACAGGUACUCCAGAAGGGCUCUACUACUCUGGACAGGUCAAUGCUCAAGUCCAAGUCCUGCCAACAGGAGUUAACUUGUAACUAUCUGCAGGUUGGACGCAGGGGGGAUUGGAGCAGCUCAUUAGGUCGCAGUCCAGGUUUCAAUGAGAUUCCAUGUCGACGGAUGCGCAGCGGUAGCUAUGUAAAGGCUAUGGGAGACAUGGAAGACAGUGACGACUCCGAGGGAAGCCCUAAACCCUCGCCCAAAAGUGCUGCUCGCCGUCAGAGCUACCUCAGGGCCACCCAGCAGUCGCUAAGUGACCAGCUACCCCCACGCAACAGCAGAACCUUGGAUUUCACAUUGUUGCAGGGGGAGCUGGAUGCCCUGUGGUCUCCACUCCACAGUGUGUCCUCUCUGCACCAGCUGGGCAGGUCAAUGAGCAGCUGUCUUCCAUCUCUCAGAGAACUCUCAAAUAAUCGCAGCCUGGAUAAUCUGGACUGUAUUGGAGGACCAGGAGCUUUGGCACCGUGGGACGAAGACAGCUUCAGCCAGGCCUGCAGCACCUUGGGCAGACGUAGUGGCAUAGAACAGCUGCGAGACCUGGAAAAAAGUCAUCAUUACGAAGACAGAAGCUCAGUGUCCGCCUUCAGAGAUAUCCAUUCUCAGGACAUCUCGGAGCCUCCGGACAUGCCCAUGCCGACAUGCUUCCGAUCCCGCAGCCACAGCUACCUGAGAGCUAUCCAGGCUGGCUGUUCCCAAGACGACGACACCGCUUCCAUAGACUCAGGCUGCUCUCCACCUCCAACUGACUCAUCUGUUCGCACAUACAGCACCAGCACUGACGACCUUUCUACACAAUGGAAGACAUGGAAAGAACAGUUUGCCUCUUACCUGAUAGCCACUGGCUUGGACAAAGCCCCAAAGGAGAAACAACUUGCAAUUUUUCUUCAGCGUUUCGGGACAGACAGACCACGCAUCCUACCCACACACACAGUCUCCACAUGCAUAACAAGCUGUAAGAAGUCCGCUCCUCCACCGGUGCCUCCACGCACAACCUCAAAGCCCUACAUAUCGGUGACAGUACAGAGCAGCACUGAGUCAGCGCAGGACAACUACCUGGACCAACAGGACAGGAGGUCAGAGGUCAACAGCCAGUCGAGCCACGCUCACAGCAACUCCUCUGACAGCCUUGACAGCACCCAUGCCAACAGCCUGGCCCGUGGUAUUCCUCGUCCUCCGCACAUCAUCCCUAUUCCCAUUGCUACGCCGAGGGAGCCAAUCAUCCCUAGCACCGCCAAUGCUUCCACAGAGACUAGUGACUCGGCAGUCCACAGUGAAUCCCUGAAAUCAGGAUCUAGUAAAGCGAAUUUAGCAGCAGAGGAGCCAUUUGUAGCCCCACUACCAAGGCGUAAAUUGUCUUCUAUUGGGAUACAGGUUGACUGCAUUCAGGAAGUUCCAAGAGAGGAGACCCCACCCCUGGCCAGAUUUCAGUCAAUAGGAGUACAGGUGGAGGACGGGUGGCAACUCAGUCACUCCAGCAGUAUGGCCUCAAAACAAGAAACAGACUCAGACACACAGGACAUCUCUGCCAUUUCCCAUAUCAGCAUUGCCAAAACCUUUGAGAAGAAAGUCAUGGUCAACAGUGCCAGUCAGUCAAUGAGCUCCCUCCCUGGGCAAGACUCUUUAGACAACGGAGACCAGACUGGCAAUACCUCCUCCCCACCGCCACCCAGGCAGAUCCUCAACCGCUCCACCACGCGGAGCAGUUCCUCAUCUUUCUCCGAAAGCCUGGAUCCAGCGCUGGAUCCCUCGUCUCUGCCGCCCCCGGAUCCCUGGCUGGACAGCGGAAACGGUAGCAGCGGCGGCGUCUCCCAGAGUGGAGGAGGCGGAACGCUGUGCAGAAGAGACGGCCAUUGGUUCCUGAAGUUGCUGCAGGCUGAAACGGCACGCAUGGAAGGCUGGUGCCAACAGAUGGAGCAGGAAACCAAAGACAACCAACUCUCAGAGGAGGUGCUUGGGAAAGUCCGCAGUGCGGUGGGAAGUGCUCAGCUCCUAAUGUCUCAGAAGUUCCAGCAGUUCCGGGGACUGUGUGAACAAAACCUGAAUGUGACUGCCAACCCACGGCCAACAGCCCAGGACCUGGCUGGCUUCUGGGACCUGCUGCAGCUAUCUAUCGAGGACAUUAGCCUCAAGUUUGAUGAGCUCUACCAUCUCAAGUCCAAUGACUGGCAGCCCGUGCCGUCUGGGGCCGCCCAGUCGUCCCCUGAGCGGAAGAACGAGGACAAGGAGGCCCUUCCGGCAUCAAAGAAGCCUAGCAAGACGCGACCGACGCUUGCCCGCGAGAAGAGUGCUGACUCUUCUUCAACCUCUUCAUCAGCCUCAGCAGAAAAACAGAGACAAGAGGCUCGCAAGCGCCUGCUAGCUGCCAAGAAGGCUGCCUCGUUUCGCCAGAACUCUGCCACGGAGAGCGCAGACAGCAUUGAAAUUUACGUCCCCGAGGCCCAAACUCGCCUCUGAGAGAAAAGGACUAGCAAGGACUAGUUCGUAGAUCCGAGGACAGAUAAGUUUGUUGGAGGGGAAGAAAAAUGAAGAAAAAAAAAUCAGGGAGGAUUUUGUCUGAGUGCAGAGGAGUUAUGGUGAGUAAGGAAGGGCGUGUAGAGGAGCAAUGCCAAUGAAUGGGUGUUUUGAUAUUUUUAACGUAAUCAUAGGCUGGUCCUGCUUGAAACUGAUAAUGAAACAUUUGUGGACCCAACAGACUACAGACUUAUGAAGCAGAAGAUUCCUCUUCUGAGGCUGCCAGGGAAGACCUCAGCUGAUGAACUUUAUCAUUUCUUCUUACUUUUUAUUGAUAUCAUAAAAAUGUUAAUGAAGGUAUUAUUAUAACAGUUAUAGGUUAAAAACUCUCCAUGAAGACUGUUUUAAAAGUUCCUAUAUCUUGGCUAUAAGAUUUAUAAAGCAGACAGAACAUAAGCAUCAAUGCUUCUGUCUCCCACUCUCUUGCUCUCUUCCCAGAUCACUGGCCAUCUUGUAGCUUUGCACAGCACCUCCUUGUGGCCAUCAUGCAAGUUGCACACAAAUCCACCUAUAUAUGUCUUCCUUGUAUUUAUUUUUUCUUUAAUUAUUGAUUUGGGCUGGGCAAGAAUCGAUUUAGAUCAAGCUUUUCUGACUAUUAUUGGUAUGAUGAAACAAAGUCCGAUGUGAAAGAUUAUUUAUGUAGUUCCUAUAAACAAACAAAAUCUUGUUUGAGUUUUUUUGUGUUAAAGACUUUUGCGUUUAGUCUCUUAAUGGGUUUUUUUUUUUUUUUUUAUGAAAGCACAUAUUAAACAAAGCCAGGCUGGAGGUUCCGUCACAAUGGCUGUCCAUAAUGUGUGUUUUUUUUAUUUGUAGAUGAAAAAACCUAAUAUACUUUUAGUUAUUUUGUAUUUUCCUUUCCUCUAUUUCUUUUUUCCAUUUCUGAGCUACGACUCCAGAAAUAUAUAGGAUAUUUUCUGAACCAUACAUACAUUUAAGUGCUUUAAGGAAAAUAAUUGUGCAUCAAAGUCAUACAUUUCAAAAUAAUCUAGGGCUCUGAAGUUGUGCAGCUGGGUAAGCAUGCUGGUUAACAGCAGGCGUUUCUUUUCCACUUCCCAUCUACUAAUCAACCCAACUUCACUUUAUCCAGCUUUUUUCCACUCUACACAAAGAUUACAUUUUUUCUGAACUUUCCUAGUUAAAUCAUUACAUGUAUAAGUGAUCGUCCUUUUAAUCAUAUCCUUUUUAAUCAUUAGUGUUUGCUGUUUUUGUCUUUGAGGAAUACAAAAGCCAAAGAUAAGUACACUGUUUGAAAUUCAGCUCAUGUAAUAAAAUGUGAGUAGCAGGGAAACUCGAUGGUUGACUGUGAAAACAGAUGGGAGUGGAUUUUACCCACAGCAACACAUGUACUGCAGAUUUAACAUUUGGAUAUCCACAAGGCAGGAAGCUUGAACAGAACCGCCCAACAAUGAGAACCACAACACAACACUACCCUAUCUGACACAGAGUUAAUUUCAUGGAAAAGGAUUGUUUCCAACCUCAGGAGGGCAACAGUGCUUGCAUGUCAAACCAGUAGUCAGUUAUCACAUUCAAUGAAAGAACAAAGAAUCCUAAUCCCUUUCUUGUUUUGCAUUAAGGGACACACUGUGCUUUGCAGAAGUAUUCAUUCUGUUGGAGACUUUUUACAUUUUGUCAUGUUAUAACCACAAACCUAUCGGAAUUGUACGUGGUUCGACACAAAAUGGAGCAGAACUGUAAAGUGGAAGAAAAAUGAUACACAGUGUUUAAAAAAGUAGAAAUCUUGAAAAACUAUGGGGUGCAUUUUUGUUCGUAGUAUUUCUAUUCAAUUUUCUGUAAAAUCACCAUUCUUGCUUAUGUCCUUGCCAACUUUAAAUGUGUAGAUAUCAAACUUGUGCCCAUUCGUCUAUGCAUUUAGUUUCAGCCAUGCUACCAUUAACACAAACCAGCAUCCCCACAACAUAAUGGUACCACCACCAUGCUUCACAGUGGGGGUUGUAUUAAUUGUCUGCCACACCUAUAAUGCAGGGCAAAAGUUCAGUUUUAGUCUCUUUCACCAAAAAACAUUCCUCCACAUGUUUGUUGUGUCCCCUUCUUUCGGCAAACUUUAGGGACUUCUCAUGGUUUUCCAACAUCAAUGGCUUUCCACUCCCCACUCCUCCAUAAAAGCCAGAUUUGUGGAAUGCACGACUAAUUUCUGUCCUGUCUACAGAUGCUUUCUGAGCUAUAGGUCUCUGAUCUUCUCCAGAUUUACCAUAAAUGUGUUUGGCUGCUUCUGCUUAAUGUUCUCCUUAUCUAACCAGUCAUCUUUUGGAAGGUUCGUAGUUUAGCCGUACUCGUUCACUUUUAAAGAAAGAGUUAAAACAGUGGUUCACUAAUUGUUUUAUAGCCUAAGUCUGCUUUCAGCAUCCAGACAGAUAUCUCUCAAACUUGGAUUAUUUACUAAUUGCAUAGCCACCUCAGUUUGUAUAUAACUUGACAAAACGGGAAAAAAAGUCACUGGUAUGUGAAUAUUUUUGUGAAGCACUACAUCUAAAAACACUCACAUUUUGUCUAAAUUCACUUUGUAGCUUGAAGAUAUUUGAAACAAAACGUCUCCAUUUGUCAGUGUAACUCCCUAGUGGGCACUUUGAGAUUUUUACACCCUAUCCCAUCCAUACAGUCACUAAUGAUGCACUUUCGAUCUGCCACUGCUAAAUGCUCUUUUAUUCAUGUGUCUGUUGUCAAGGCCUCUCUGCCAUCAGCUAUAACCCAAAGUUAAGCGUCUAGCUUUGAAUUAGAAAAGCCCAACAAUCUCCAUUCUUCUCAUGUUGUUGGUAAGAGCUUUCACUUGAUGGCCGGCUAUUAUUUGCCUGUUGUGUUUGCUUGCUGUGGGUGACUCUCAGCAAGGAAUAUGGCUCAGAGGUGUCAAUAGCCAGUCCCAUGAUUGGUAUCAGUCUACCCCCCGUCCAUUUGAUUGGAUGAGAGUAGACUGAUAGACUGAUGGAAAGCUUUCAGGUGCUUUUGUUAGCACCUGAAAGCCUUUUGUGUGACUCAAAUGUUGCCAUUAGCAUGAUUUGAUUUUGGACUGGUUUCUAAAUGGUAGAAGUUGAUGCUUUCUACCAUUCAUUUCUUUUUGUCAAAGCAAGCUUAUCUAGCUGCGUUUUAUCUGCGGAACCAAGCUAUUUAUAUUCAAGAGAUCUUAUGCAGUCACUGCCAUCUAUCUAUCAAUCAAUCAAUCAAUCAAAUUUUAUUUGUAUAGCACAUUUCAGCAGCAAGGCAUUUCAAAGUGCUUUAAUCAUAUCAAACACAGAAACACAAUGCAACAUAGAAUCAACAAUCAAAACACAACAUUAAGUAAAGUUCCAUCAAUAAAGUCAUAAUUGAUUACGUUUCAAAUACAAUCCUAAACAUCUAAGCAUAUUCUGUUUUUAUUCUGUUUUAUAAUUCUCACAUAUCCUUUUCUGUUUUUGCGCAUCAUAUUUUACCACCAUAUCUUUUUGUUGCACCAACUUUAUACGAAACUCUCUGCCUUGAAUGCUGGUAAAAAAAACUCUGGCAUUUUAAAUACACCCAGCGACAGACUGCAGGCAGAGCAAGCCAACAUGUCUGUUUUUUUUGUCAUUUGGAUACAUGUGAAAUGCCACGAGACAUACUUGCAGAAACAAAGCAGAACCUUAUCUCGAGCACAUAAACAAUGUUUUUCUCCAAUAAACAUAAACCUAGUACAGACAGACAGAGCUAGGCCUAUUUCCUGGGUAGAGUAUCCAUUGACCGCAUAGUUUCACUGUGCGGGGGCUGGGAUGUUGCUGUAAAGAAAGUGAUUUGGGGGUGAUACUGAUCCUCAUGCAUAUGAGAUUGAUGCUUUCUACCAUUCAUUUAUUUUCCCUCUUUUUUCUUCUCCUUUCUGACUCUCAUAGUUGUUCCCUCACACCAAGUUUACACACUGGUUAGUUGUCCUAUGAUUUUUGGGUGGAGGAGGAAAUGGAUUUCACGCAAGAGUUUGGAGUAAAAGUUUUAAAAAUAUUAUUCCUAGUUUAUACUGAGUUUCUCACCUAAAAUUUCUUGACCGCAUAUUUUAUUUCACAGACUUUUUUUCCUGUUUCUUUUUUCUUUAUUACAUAUGGAUAAGCCAAGAGUAAUCUCCUUGUUUCAAAUUAAUAUCAAUCAUUUCUCUUUCUCUCUUCCCAUCCAAACUUCUUCUGUUUUGCCUUGGUUUGAAUUGUCUCCAGAAGCUUCUUCAUAAACUGAAAUUGUUGUUGCUCUAAAUGAUUAAGCUCUUUAUUUACAUUUUUUUUAAUAAUGGUGAGAUCUGCAAUCGUUAACCUAAAGUUGUUCGUGAACAAUUGUCAUUGACAAUUAUAAAUAUUUGCCUAUAUGCAUAAGAAGCAGCCUGUUGGUGUUUACUUUUUUUUUCACAAAUUUUUACAUUCUUAAUUCCAUUCUUUAAAAGUGUUUGUAAUAACAGGAAAAUGGAUUCACAUUUAUUGCAUAUUGAUUAAGACCACUUUUUUUUGGUUGUCUUUAAAAGUUCUGGCAAACAAGAGGCAAAAUGCAUCAAACCCUAGAAAAUGAUUUGAAGUCUCUGAACGUCUGUAGGCCAAAAACACGACUGAAACCAAACAAGCUCUUUUUCCGUCUUUGCUUGGUUCGACUUGGCCAUGAAAUACGGGAGAGGGACGGAGGCCAUGCUCAUUCCAGCAGAGAUAUGAUGUAGCAAAACGUGUCGACAAAUAAAUAUUUUAAUGAAGUAAGCACAUAUUUUAAUGACUAGAAUCUGUUUAGAGUACUAUAUAAGAUGUGUGUAAUCCAGCGGAGCUGAAUGAAAAGGGUUGUGCUGCGAGUGAGUAUGUGGGCCUAUUGUUUGGAGAGUAUUACCUUUAUUACUGUUCAACAUACUCUGGUUACAAGAAAGUGUGCAAUACAGAGUAAAGGGGUUCUUUGCUAUUAAAAGGACACUGUCUUGCAUCUCUCCCCUUGUGCUUCUUACAGUUAUUGUCUGUACAUAAGAAUUAAACCAGAUUAAAUAUUUCAUCUUUUACAAUAUUGUAAACCUGUUUAUACAGUUUCAAGGUUGUCGACAUGUAAACUGCAGAUGCGCAAUGUUCAAUAAAGUGCACAAAAUACUUUCUCAA